AUGGUCUUUCUGCAGGAGGGAGAUCGGCAGGGAAGCAGGGCCUCGCGGCCGAGCACGAUGUUUGUGGAAGUGGAUGCCAGCGUCACCAACGGCGAAGCCAUGAGAGCGCGGCUGCGCGGGUGCACCUCUGAUCCCAGCCACUGCGACAGCACUGCGCGCAUUCUCCAAGAUGUACCCCCAGCUGUGAACAAUGCCACCGGCGCAGACGCAAAUGAGAAGGGAACCGAGGGCGCUGUGCUUGCCGGCUCCAGGCGCGCUGAGUCAGUACCGGCGGUGGACGAGGAAGAGCGGGAGCGGCUGAGGGAGGCGGCCAAGCGCUCGGUCAAGUCGGACUUCGACAUGAACUACCUGAGGACCUUUGAUAACGUGACAUGGGUACCUCUGGCAGAGGCUCGGCAGGCAGCUGCCAAUGUUGGGCUUGCAACCGAUGACCAGCCGCAUCACUGCGGAGGACCCCAUGGCUGUGGUGCAGAGGGCGGCGGGGGGAAUGCAGCCACAGCAGGGGGAGGCAGGCCGGGGCAUGAUGCAGGCACCCCGGCAGGGGAGGGGGGACCCGACGAGGUUAAUUCCCCGGGAGCGGUGGCCGGCGCGGCCCGAUAUCUCAGCGGCGGCGCUGUCACAGCAGAAGUGCGGGAGAAGCUGCACAAGAAGCUGGAGGAAGAGGGGAAGCUGCACCUGAUUCCGCUGACGGCGAAAUGGGAGAUGGGCAGGAAAUUGGAAAACACCUCAAGCCGAAUGUGGUUCCAGCCGCCGCCAGAGCAGGGCCGCAAGAAGAAGCUCAUGUCUUGUAAACAGGCAAUCGCGUUCCUGGAAGAGCUGUAUGGUAAGGGACAGGAGGCUGUGCAGCCAGGCGAGACAGGCAAGGGAGCCCAGCAGGGGGCAGCAGCAAAGGAGCCGGCCGCACCCAGGAAGCCCGCCAGCCUGGACCAGCAUUCUGCUCUGGGCGCCCCGCACGCAGCAGCUGCGCGGCAGGACAGCGGGGAGCAUGUGUCGCCUCGUCUUGUGAAGCUUGCUCCCCACGAGGAGCAAGUGGAAACAUCUCCGGGCCUCAGCCCGCCCGGAUCUCCCAAGAGCCCGCCCGAGACGCCGCGCUCGCGCGCCAGGCGGCAGACGCACAAGCCGGACGUGUUCAACCCCACGCCGCCCAGCAAGGAGGAGAAGAAGCGCAUGCACGAGGAGGCCCGCAGGAACACCGCCAAACAAACCAAGGAGAUGCUGGCUGGGGAGGCGCCAGCUGGCGGAGGGGAAGCGCUGCCGGCAGCUGCCGGGCAGCCGCACGGCUGGGAGCUUCCGGCCGCCGGCGCUGCGCCGCAGACGAGCCCUGUGGAGGUGACCUUUGCCAGAAGGGGCAAGGGCCGCGGCAGGGGAGCCUCUCGCGGCCGCGGAACGAAGACGGCCGGUGGUGGCAGGGGCAGGCGGCGCUCUGUCUCUCCUGCUGAAGCAUCUGCGCCAGAGGAUGGCGCAGAGCCCCAGCCAGCAGGGGUUCCUGAGGGCACUGAUGGAUUGCACGGCGAGGAGAUUGACGUGGAGGUGGCAGAGGCCAUGCCCAAGGGCACGCCGGCUUCGCCAAAGAAGCGCGCGGCCGGCGCGGCCGCCGCGGCGAGGGUUGCGAAGAAGCCGCGCCGGGGUGCUGCUGCCGACACAUCUGCAGGCACCAGCAGUGGCAAGGCCACUGCCGCCACCGCUGCCUCCAAUGGCCUGACGGAAGGUAGGGGGCACGGACCCCCCAGCAACAAUUGCCCUGCCAAAGAGUGUGAUAUAGGACUUGAGAAGGGUAAAGCAUGUGGGGAGAAGCUGCUGGGUUUGCUGAAGCUGCUGGAGAGCAAGGUGGACAAGGCCUUUGAGCAGGCAUCACUUGGGACGGCAGUGAUCUCAAGAACGGCGGUGUGGGGUGCAGGGGCGCAGCCGGGAGCAGCGACCGGGAAGAAAGCCAGGGGUGGGAAGAGGGCGGCUGCGCCGAAGGCCCUCAAGGAGGAGUCCGAUGUUACCCCUGAGGAGAGUGAGGAGGAGAGCAGCGAAGCAGAGCCCAUGAGCGAUGGCGAGGCCAGCGAUGAGAAGCCGCGCUCCAGGAAGAAGCCUGCAGCGGGCAAGCGCAAGGUGGUUAAGUCUGGCAAGGGCAAGAGCAGCGCUGCCAGCCAGAAGCCAGUCAAGAGCGGAGGAAGUGCAAAGGCUGCUGUGCUGGCUCCUGCCAGAGAAGCGCUGCCACCCCAAGAAGGGCGAUCUACAGAGGCACACUAUUGGUUUGACAGGACAAAGGCCCAAUUGGUGCAGCUGCCAAAGCACAAGAAGGACUUCACAGCAACACAGCUGGAGGUGUGCACGGACGAGGAGUGGCGGAGGUACGCCGCGGGCUGGUGCCCCCGCUGCCUGGGCUUCUGCACCUGCCGCGCAUGCAUGCGCAAGCCGCACCCGCGCGAGCAGUACUCAGCGCCCGAGCACCAGGAGGAGGAAUAUGCGCGCCACGUGCUGCGCUACGUCGGCCCCCUGCUCGCUGACCAGCACGCCCACAAGGUCGCAGAGGCGCUGGCGGGCCGGAAGCCGUCGCCGUACGCGGAGGUGAGUUGGGCGGACCCGGAGGACUUUCGUCACCUGUGCGACCGCUGCGCCACGUCCAUCCCCGACGUGCACCGCACCUGCGCCGCCUGCGACCGCAACGCUGACGGCUACGACCUCUGCCUGCACUGCUGUGCGCAAGUCCGCCAGCCCGGCGAGAAGGAUGUUCUCUGCAACAAGAACCACACCAUGAAGCUUGUGCGCUUCUUCAACGACGACAUGGCCUCAGCUGUCAAGCAGACCAUCGAGAUGGCGAAGGAUGGAGACAAGGAGCUGUGGGAGUGGACGCCGGAGCUCAAGCUGGGCCUCAAGAGGAAGAAGGCUGUGGUCUCUGCUGAGGCCGCUCUCGCUGGUCGCAAGGGCAAGAGUGGCUCCUGGAAGGGCGCAGCCGAGGGGACCGCAGCUGGCGGAUCUGGCAGCAUCAACGCGGCUGCCAAGCCAACCGCCGACAGCGAGCCGCUUGCAGAGGCUCUACACAGCGCCAGCAACCCGCAGAGCAAGGCGGCUGCCGCAGAGGGGCAGGGCGCAGUUCUGUCAGGCAUGACAGGAGACCGGGGCACCGACAGCGAUGUUGACAUCGUCGAUGCUGCGGUGCCGCCUGCCGGGUGGCUCGGGGCCGGGCUGCCGCAGCAGCAGCCGCCGCCCGACUACGCAGGCUUCAGCGCAGAGGUGCAGCGGAGCGUGAAAAACCCGCAGCAGUUCCUCGCCAAUGGCGGCUCGCACGGGCCCCCCGGCGUGGCAGCAAUGGCGGCGGGGGGGUGCUCGGGGGACCCCGAGGCCGCGCAUCCCAGCAAGCGCGCCCGCACGGUCGCCCCGGCCGCGGCAGCCGUGCAGGAGGAGAGCGAUGCUUGCGAGGUGCAGAGCUUCCGGCAGAAGGUCAACAAGGGCUUCCCCAAGGAGAAGGCGACCGUUGCACCCUUCCUGCGCACCAUGGCGGACUUCUGGGAGGACAAAGUGGCUGCAGCACAUACCAUGUUCCAGCUGCAGCAGGCCGCGGUACCGGCUGCCGACCCGCCAGAGGCGGCUGCGCAGCCGUGCAACAGGGAGGAGGCAGGAUCCGCGGCUGCAGCGCAGGAAGCGGCCAUGCCUGACCAGCGCGCAAGCAAGACGGCAGAGCCGGCUGCGGGCACAGCAAAAGCUGCCGCGGUGCCUGCCGGCAUUGCGCCACUGCCUGCCGGCCAAAAGUGGUGGCAUCAGGCGGUUCCAGACGAGUGCAAGAGGAUGGCGGCAUCGCGGCCAAACGGGUGGCAGAACUACGUCUACACGCCCCACGCGGACGACCUGGCCAUGUACAACCCCGACCGCAAGGCGCAAGUCAGCUGCUACUCAUCCGCUGUCGCCGAAAAGGGUCUGCUGGCGCCUUUUGCGGCCGGCCGGCAGGCACUGCGGCGGCUGGCGCAUGAGGAGCAACUGGUGUUCCAGGAGGUGUGGCGGGAGGGUGUGCCGGUGGUGGUGCGCCGCUGUCGCAAGGGGUACCAGUGGGACCCGGCCACGAUGGGCCGCGCCACCACCGAGAAGAACGCCCGCUUUGGCAAGGACAGCGAAAUCGAGGUGAUAGACUGCGAGGACUGGAACGUGGUGAUGAUGAAGCAGGGCACCUUCUUCAAGAUGUACGAGAAGGACAACGAGGAGGGCCCCAUGUACAAGCUCAAGGACUGGCCUCCCAACGCCCACUUUCGCAAACGCCUCGGCCGCCACAACCAGGACUUUUUGGAGAUGCUGCCGAUGCCGGAAUACAGCCACCCCAAGGGGCCCCUCAACCUCGUCUCCUACCUCAGAGACAACUCCGUCAAACCCGAUCUUGGACCCAAGUCCUACGUCGCCUUCGGCAGGGUGAAGGAGCACCUGGGCGACGGUGACAGCGUGACCAAGAUGCACUGCGACCUGAGCGACGCCGUCAACCUCAUGUGCCACCAGUCCGGCGAGGGCGAAGGUGCCGUCAUCCGAUGCGGCGACACGCCCGCCGACACAGACACCGACCCCAGCUACGGGGGCGCAGGAGCGGUGUGGGACAUAUGGCCGCGCGACUGUCGGGAGCAGCUGGCAGCGUUCCUGGUGCGCCACGCGGACGAGUUUGCGGCGGAGGGCCUCAACAUCGACCCCCCCAACAUCCUGCACCCCAUCCACGACCAGGCGCGCCCCCACCCCCUAUCCCUCCCUGAAUGCAGAUGCCAAAUUUGA